ACUUACGACCAGUUGGGUAGUCCUCGACUUACGACCGGUUGGGGUCGCGGCAUUAAAAAGGUUGAAAACCACGGAUCUAUGGCUAUCUACAUUAGACAUGCAAACUUUUAUUUGCUUUCUUAUUAUAUGGACUAUCAACAGUAAUUAAUUUAUUCUCAAUUUGACUGAUAUUUUGAAACAGCAUAUAAAUUGAUUUAUUACUGAUUUUCUAAUUGAACUUAAGAACUGAUGUUCCUUUUUUUGCUCAGGUUCUAAAAAGAAAGAUGACACUGCUUCUACGAUGACUACUCAAUUCUAUUUAUAACCCUGGGUAAUAAGUACGCAGAUGUGCUUGUCAGUGAGACCUUGUCAUAACAGUAGCUUUUAAAAAUUGGAAAUAAUAGCUGUUUUCCUAAACGAUUUGGGGUUGUUGAGUUGGCUACUGUGUAGAAAACGCUGAAUUCCUUUCUUACUUAGAAGAAUGUCAAAGGAAACUUUUGUAUUCACCUCUUCCACUCUGCGCUCCUUGCGGCUGCAACGAGAAAAGCUGGAGUGGGAAGAAAAGCAGAGGGCUGCAUCUCGCCAGUGGGCCAGCCAGAGAUAUCAUCCAAUUGCCAGGAGCCUCCUUUCUCUCCCCAAGCCUACCAGGCAUCUUGAAUACUGUCGGGAUCCUGCUCUUCACAAUGCCCUUUACACAGGAGACUUGCCAAGGAUCCAAAUCAUUUUUAAAGAUAAAAUCACUUCCAACUUGAUUGUGGAGACGCAGGUGGAAGUGCUAGAGUGGUCAGCUGAUCAGGGGUUGUGGGUGUUGACUGCUCAAAAGAAGCACACUUCUCCAUUGCGAAUCACAGCUGCCAGAGGCUAUCAAGACUGUGUGAAACAUCUGCUCUUGAAAGGGGCAGAGGUCAAUGCAGUUAUUGGUGGGAAAGCUGCUUUGCAUGAUAGCUGUGCCAACCACCAUGAAGAAUGCACCCGUCUGCUCCUACGCUUUGGUGCUAAUGCUAAUAUUCUUUCAGAGGAGGGGCUGGCCCCAUUGCAUUUGUGCAACACUCAGGAAACUUUGCCAUGUGCUCAACUACUACUGGAAUAUGGGGCUCUAGUGAACCAGAAAUCAAGAGAUGGUCAUGCUUCCCCAUUGCAUGUGGCUAGCAGGCAUGGUCUAGAGGAUCAUGUCAAACUCUAUCUUUGCUAUGGAGCAAAUAUUGCUCAUAGAAACCAGGAAGGAGAGACAGCUAUCAACACAGCUUGUGCCAAUGCAGAUAGACCUGAGGAGGCUGGACGCUACUACCAAGUGGUAAAGCAACUUCUGGAUGGCGGGGCCAAUGUCCAGAUUGCUGGCCGAAAGAACCAUACUCCACUGCACAAUGCCUGUAGCAACUGUCACAUUGGUAUUGUGAAGCUCCUGCUACAAUAUGGGGCAGAAGUCAAUAUUAGUAAUUGUGCUGGCAAUACUCCUAUGGACUGUGCUUUGCAAGCAGUGGAAGAUUACCUGGAUGAAGAGCCUGAAAAAGUUAUAGCCAUGUUGCUCAACCAUGGUGCUGGCUCUAUUAAUUCUAAGAUGCUAAAGUUUUGUGUGUCAUCACCUCGAUCUAUGGAAAUAAUUCUGAAUUCUUAUGACCGAAUACUGUCCUGUGAUUCCUGGGUAGGAUCUGUGCCCACUGAAAUGUGGCAAGAACAUCGAGUGUUCUAUGAUUCAGUUCUUUUCCUGGUGAAUCAGCCUCGCCCACUGCAACAUUUAGCUCGUUGUGCUAUUCGGAGACAGUUAGGGAUACGUUGCCAUAAAGGCAUCUCCCAACUGAAACUGCCUCCUUCUUUGCAUGAAUAUUUACUUCUCCCUUUAAAGGGUUAUCUGAAAUAAGAUGAUGGCAAAAUAGAGAGCAAUUAGUAAUUUAAUAUGAUUCCAUCAUCCUGUAAUGAAAUACUCUAUUGCCACUAAAAUGGUGAUUAAACUGCAAAUAGCAAACAUUUUAGCUAUGUUGAUAGACAUAAUUCUUGUACCUCCAUGUCAGUUCUUGUUCUUGGAUGAUAUGCAAGUAUAGUAAUUAAAGAUAAAUAUGACUUGGA